AUGGAAGAAGUUUUAGAUAUGCUCAGAAAAAUUCAAAAUGAAUUAAAUGAACAAAAAGCAACAAUUUUACAGUCAGCUGAUAAAGUUACGGAACAAGUUACGCAAAAUAUAAACUGCUCAUUGGAGGAAAAGUUCAAAACAAUAGAUGUAAAAUACGAAAAUCUCAAAGAGAAGCUGGAAAACCAAGAAAAAAGAUUAUACUUCCUAGAAAAACAAUCAAGACAGAGAAACAUCGUAAUUUUUGGUUUAGCGGAAACUGAAACAUCAUAUGCAAAUUUAGAAAAAACCGUUUUAGGUUUCAUAAAUCAAUAUUUCUCUUUAGGCCUAGAAUACAGAGAUAUACAAGAAACUAGGAGAAUAGGGAAGAAAGGAGAAAAACCCCGGCCUAUUAUUGUAACUUUUACUACAUUGGGCACAAAAAUAGAAAUCUUUAAAAAGAAGAGUUUAUUAAAAGAUACCACUUACUAUAUAAAAGAAGACUUUCCACAGCAUAUUUUAGAAAAAAGAAGGGAACUGCAAGAGCAAGUUAAAUUAGAAAAAGAGAAAGGAAACUCUGCCACUAUCAAGUACGACAAACUGAUAAUACAUCACAAAAAUGCAAAUUCACCAAGCAACAAGAAAAGAACUCUAUCGAUAUCACCAAACCACAAUGAUCUUACGCAACCAGAGCCAAGGGCACAGGCUAAUAAAAAGAACAAAACUCAAACAGGACUACAAAGAUCAUCGAGUUUAUCAGAGGGAGUUAUUAAACCAGGAAUACUUAGUUUCCUAACCCCCAAAAACCAAAUCACUAACAACCAAAAGGCCAACCCAACAAACGAUCAAACAAACAAAAAUAAUGAACAGUAG